AUGGCUAUCAAUGGGCUUUUCUUCUGUUCCAGCGAUGCUGCCGUGCUGGAAGAGACGAGCCGUGCUGAGGGUGCCCAACAAAAACUGCUCCAUACCUUCGGCUCAAAACCUCCUCAAAACAGUGCUGCCGGUCACGAGGAAGAACGAAACUACGCUUGCGAUAUCUGUGGCCGAAGAUUCACUUCGAAAAAAUAUCUGAAAAAACACCGGCAACGUCACAACACGGAUGAGCAACAACAGCUGGAGUGCGACAUCUGCGGCAAAACUGUUAGCUCAAGCGAGAAUCUCAGCAGACAUAAGGCCAUCAAUCAUCGAUUGGAAAAGACGCUCAAAUGUGCACGGUGCGAUAAGCGGUUUCACUUCAACUCACAGCUCAAAACUCACGAAAAAAUUCACAGCUCAGAUCGGAGCAAGGAGUACAAAUGUGACGUGUGCGGUAAAGAUUUUUACAUGAAAUCAGCCUUUACGGUGCACCAGAAGACGCACAGCACGGAUCGGCCGUACGAGUGUCCGCUGUGCGGUAAACGUUUCCUCCAGCAGUCCGGAUUGGCGUACCAUAUGCGGUGCCACAGCGGUGAGCGACCGUACCGGUGCGACAUCUGUGGUUCGUCGUACAAAUCAACCAGCAAUUUGGGAGAACAUAGGAAAAUCCAUCGGGCCGUCGUCGUUGCUUCGGAACCGUUCAAGUGUGACCGUGAUGCCACAUUAUUGGAUGAGACGAUCCGAGCUGAUGAACGGCAACAAAAACAAAUCCGUAUAUCCGUUUCGAACACGAACAGUGCUGCCAGUAGUCACGAGGAAGAGCCGAAGUACGCGUGUGAUAUGUGUGAUCGAAAGUUCGCUGUUAAAAGCUAUCUCGUCAGACACAGACGACUUCACAACCCGAAGGAAUCACAGGUAGCGUGUGACAUCUGCGGCAAAAUUGUUAGUUCAAAGAAUAACCUUUACACACAUAAAACCGUCAAACAUGGAUCGGAAGGGCGUUUCAAGUGUGAGGUGUGCGAAAAGCGCUUCCACAGCAACGCCAAACUGAAAGCGCACCAAAAAAUUCACAGCACCGAUCGGCGGAAGGAAUACGACUGCGAAGUGUGCGGCAAAUCUUUCUGCCUGAAAGGAGGAUUAACGCAACACCUGAAAAAACACCGGACCCAUCCACCCCCGGAUCCUGAACAAAAAAGCCCGGAUCCUCAGCACAAGUGCCCUGUCUGUGGAAAAGCAUUCCUACAACAAUGCAGCGUAACAGAACACAUGCGCUGUCACAGCGAUGAGCGACCGUACAAGUGCGACAUCUGUGGUUUGUCGUACAAAUCACCUAGUGGUUUAAGUAAACAUAAAAGAGCUCAUACUGUCAUCGGGUCUAGUACAAAAACGUUCAAAUGUGAAGUGUGCGAUAAGCGGUUUCAUUUCGACUCAAAGUUAAAAGAUCACCUGAAAAUUCACAGCGCCGAUCGCCGAAUGGAAUACCGAUGUGAACUGUGCGGCAAAGACUUUUACUGGAAAGGAUCGCUAACGGUACACCUGAAAAUUCACACCACCACGGAUCCUGAACACAAAUGUCCGAUCUGUGGAAAAGGAUUCCUACAGAAAAGCAGCGUAGCAGCGCACAUGCGCUGUCACAGCGAUGAGCGACUCAACACGGAUAUUUCGAAGCCAAAACGUACCGGUGGUGAUGGCAGCGGCCAGUCGAAAUACAUUUGCGAUAUCUGCGGCAAAGGAUGUGGUACAGCAAAUUACCUUUCACUGCACCGGAAGACCCAUGCCGGUGAACGACCCUAUAAAUGUGACUUAUGUAACAAGUCUUUCAGCACCACCGUCCAGCUGGGCAACCACAAAGCGAAUCAUGUGCGGCAUCAAAAAUUCAAAUGUGAAACGUGUGACAAAGAGUUUUCGUUGAAAAAACAAUUUAAUGCCCACCUAAGGGGCCACAAGAAGGACCGUUCCUUCCAGUGCUCCGUCUGCGAAAAGGCAUUCCUGACGCAGAGUUUGCUGCAAAACCAUUUGCGCUGUCACAGCACUGAACGACCGCACACGUGCGACAUCUGUGGAUCAUCGUACAAAACGGGCAGUUCUCUGAACUCACACCGAAAAACCCACGCCUACCUUGUGCCGAAACCUUUCCGGUGUGACCUGUGCGAUGCGCAGUUCGUUCAGAAAAGUAGCCUCACUUGUCAUCGAAAAAAGCACCUGCUGGCGGAUCGGCAGUUCGAAUGUUCCCGCUGCGGGCUUAAUUUUUGCUCGAAGAAAAGCCUGAUUAUGCACAAAAGGCGUAACGUGAGCGGUAGGUGUCGGUCACCCGAUGAAACUGGCCACGGUGUUGGUUCAGAACAUGGAGAGUAUCAUAGCAAUGUACCGAAGGACCAGGGUGGUAAACACGUUUGCGACAUCUGUGGUAUGGAAUUCAACAAAAUGUUAACUCUCACGAAACACAGAAGGAUUCACAGCGAGUCGCAAGGAGCGUUUGAGUGUGACAUAUGUAGCAAAACUUUUUUCACGCAGAAAGCUGUAAAGUAUCAUAGACACGAAGAACAUAAGCGGGAAGGUUAUUGCAAAUGUAAAUUCUGCGGUAAACCGUUCGACACGACUAAACUGUUGCAAAGCCACUUGAGAAGGCACCACACAUACCGUCCACACCGGUGUCUGGUUUGUGGAGAAGGUUUUAAGUUUAAACGUAGGCUCUUUCAGCAUGUGCGUUGCCACACCAGCGAUGGACUGUUUAAAUGUGACAUUUGUGGGGCAUCCUAUGUGUGUCCUUAUAGUCUUAAAGAUCACCGAAAAACUCAUGCAGAGAAGGCCCGUCCCCAGGAGUGUGAUACUUCUAAGGAAAUUCGUUCGGCAGGGGAACUCGCUCGAGAAAUUCACAAAAAUAUUCAUACAGCCAUUUCGGAGACCAUCUGUAGCGAAAGCGGUCAGGUCAAUUGCUUGGAACGAGAAGAAACAAAACCUCGUCUGAACGAAAGUGAGCAAAAGUCCCACAACAACGAACGGACCGUUUCGAAGAGCGACUGCGCUGAAAGCGACCAGGAAGAUACCAACUCAGAACCAACAGAUCGGCCCUACAAGUGUUCGUACUGCGGAAGGCGGUACGAAAUUCGCAGUAGGCUCUCGGAACAUAUGCGGCGUCACAGCGAUGCCCGACAGUUCAAGUGCGACAUCUGUGGUUCAACAUACAAAAGAGCGAGUACGCUGCGAUCGCACAAGAAAAAACACGCCUACCUUGUUCCGAAACCUUACGAAUGUGACCUAUGCGGGGCACGGUACGUGUACAAGGGUGGCAUCAAAGAUCACAUGAAAUCGCACACCAUGGAACUGCCCUAUAAGUGUCGGUUUUGCACGGAAGGAUUCCGAUUCAAGGGCGGGCUCAAAGAGCAUAUGCAGCAGCAUCGCGGUCAGAUAAAGUAUAAAUGUGACAUCUGUGGCCUGCCGUACAAGACACUGGGUGGAGUACGUAACCACCGGAAAAUACACACCUCCGACGAGUCGAAGGAUUUCAACUGUGAAGGGCUACUUACAGUUUUUCCGAAGAAAUAA